AUGAAGGCAGACAUGAUGAGCUGGAUGAUCAUAUGCUUGGCCAUAUGUGCACCAUUUUUCUCAACAGGAGCUGAAGCAGCCACGAUCCUCAAAAGAUGUAAUAGUAACGAUGACUGCAAGGCGUUUCCAUGUACCUCAGACUUUGUUCUCUGCGUUAACCACUUAUGCACAUGCCAAGUCGUAAAGGAUUCUGGCUCUGCCGUGCAAAACCAAAACGGCCAAUGUUCCAGUAGGAAUGACUGUGCAGGAAUUGGGUGUCCUUGGGGAACUAUCGAAUGUGUUGAUGGGAAAUGCAAAUGCGUAAACUAG